ACUUAAGACGCACGUCCGCGCAACUGAAUGGAAUGCUUUAGAAAUAAAGGCGGGCAAUCGAGGAAGAUUCAUGUGAGCAAGUUCAUUGUGCGAACUUUCAAGCUUCAAAAAUUUAUGAGACGUUGACAGUCUGCUUUCUACGUCUGCAUUUUAGGUUCACCUUGCUGGUUUAUAGGCUUUAGUGACGCCCAAUAAGGAGCACUGGAAACUGCGUGUUCUGCCGGUGUGUCGUUCUCGUGGGACGCAUCCCGAUUUCGCGAUCUCUACGAGAGGGAAACGUGCAAGGCAUGGGUUCCUUACCUUGCGACUACGUACCAUGGUAUACGCAACUUUAUCUCAGAAAGGUUGCUCUCGUGAUUUUUGCCAUGGCGCUUCCGUUAGCUGCUAACAAAAUGGACACUAAUUUGAACCAAGCCGGUUGUGGCGAAUUGGGGUCAAAUGGAAGGAUAUACAACGGCAAGCCGAUCUCCAACGAGAAGAUGCCUUGGAUAGUUCAAAUUACGGGCAUAUUUCAUCUCUGGACGAAUCAUAUAUCCUCAUGUGGCGGUAGCAUCAUUACAAGGAACCUUAUUCUGACUGCGGCGCACUGCUUGUUUAAUAAAGGUGCCUUUGCGCAAAUGGUCUUGGUGGUGUACAGCUCCAACCUGUAUAUGAAUGGUAAAACACUUCUAGCUGAAAAGAUGAUACUGCACCCAAAAUAUGUAAACAAGUUAGUGAUCCAGCAUGACGUCGCACUUCUUAAACUGGCAGUGGAUCUGGUAUUCGACAGACGGAUUAAACCAGUGUGCCUUCCUACAGCAAAAAUGGACCUUGCAGGCAAGACUCUUGUAGUUGCCGGCUGGGGAAGAACAGAAUCUGCAAACAAUAGCAAGAUUCUUCUGCACGCAGAAGUUGUUGCUCUCGCAGAUGAUGUGUGCCAAGCAUUAUUACGAAGAACUAUGCAUCCCAUCACGCGACGCCCCCUGCCUCCUGGUCCCGCAAUUUGUGCUUCUGGCGAAAACCAGAGCGUCUGUAGGGGGGAUUCAGGCGGACCUUUAACACUCACGAACGACGAUGGAAGAACACUGCAAGUCGGAGUUGUUUCGGCUGGUGUGCGGUGCCCAUCCGACUCGCCGGGAAUGUACAGGAGUGUUUCCAGCCACAUCAAAUGGAUUCAAAGUGCCCUCAACCACCCCAGAAAGUGGAGACAGCUCGCGUAUACCCGGAAGGAAGGGAACAUCGGCGAGGCAAAAUGAGACUCUUCCAUUGUAACAUUUUUGAAAAGUCUACGUGGAAUCGUUGGCUAAUCGGUCAGUUAUGUUGAAAAUAACAGCGCUAAGACGCCGAUAAUACAACCCCGCUCCCCAUCCCUACUUCUUGAAAAAAUAAAAAGAGAGACAAUGCUGAAACCCA